UUUUGCCUCUUCCCUACCUAUUCUGCACCCUUCCCUUCCCCCCCUGCCCCACUUAAUUUAAAUUAUUAUUUAAUUCAAGAUGUGAUCCUGGGAAACUACACUUUUUUUGUAUUAAAAAUGUCCUGGUCCCAAGGGCUUAGCUGUGAGUGUCCCUUCAUGUGGAUACACCAUUGGAUCUGGUUGGGAAAAAUUAUUUUCCCUCAAAUAUUAAUUCUGUAUUUGGUGAAGUACCCAUGUAGUUAGAGAAGUUGCAUUGUUGGAUCUUUCUGUGGGCUUAGCAGGACCAAAUUUCACUCUCUAAAAUUAUGAUAAUGUACAAGACUUUGUACAUCAGUAAAAACAAUUUCCAAAACUGCUGAGAAUCUGUAGCUCCCAUCGUCUUCAAUUAGAGUGAAGAACUUUGGAAAAUAAAAUGUUGUAUGCAAAUAAAUGAAGAUGAAUGUUGCCACCCAUCCUUCUGGCACCAGUGUCAUAAUUACUCCUAUGAAGUGACUGAUAUGCAGGCAGGAUGCCUAAGGGGGAAUCAGCCAAGAUUUUUGUCAAGCUAAUCACAGCACCUGGAUUGUCAGCAUUUUAAAAUGUCACAAUUUGUGAAUAUUUCCUUUUCCAUUAAGUUCCUCAAAGAUAUCUGCAAACUUUUUUAUGACUUUGGGAGUACAGACUGAGACAUUUGCAUGCAUCUUUCAAAUUAUUUAAAGUUUUGGGUAGAUAUUUAUACAUUUCUCUUUUUUGCAUAAAUCAUUUUGAGUGCCACUUAAGCUUUCAAACACAUGCACAUGUUAUCAAGUUUUUUAUUUUUUCUACUGAAUUUUUAAUUUAUUUUAUAAAACAAACCCAAACAUUUCAAAUGAUAACAUGUGCAAAACUGUAACUGUCUGUAGACAGUAUGUUGUAAUGUGCAGAGAGAAUAUUACAAUGCAAAGUCAACUUUUCAAGUAGAGACACUAAUAUUGUCCUUUAGCAUCAGGUAUUUAUGAUACAAUCAGGCACAAUUUAAAAGAAAUGGAACUUGUAGCACAGCUUUUAAAAUCAAAGAGUUAGACAAGUUUCCAUCUGCAAGCUAGGAAAGUGUUGAACUUGUAAAGGAACUUUUAUGGAUGUAUGUCUCAAUUUCAGUCUUGCUGAAUUUUGAACAGUCUUGAAUGAAUUUUGAAAGCGUUUUCUCUGUCUUUCAUCAUUGUCUCCUCUUUCACCUAAUCUUAACCACAGUCAGAGUUGGGAAGCUAAUUAUAUGGGCCUUUUUCUUUGUGCUCCUUUCUCUGUCCUGCAGUUAUUGAGCUGGGAGAAGUCGACUUGAACUGUCCUUCCAACUGUCAAAUACAUAAUACCCAUUUCUUCGGAACUGACAGACAGAUAAUAAGGAGAGGGCAAGCCUUCAGCUUUUAUGCUCGUUUCCAAAAUCGGGAAUGGGAUGACUCCGUGGACCAGGCUGUUUUCACCGUGGAGACAGGCCUCAGACCCUGUGAAUCAAAUGAGACAAAAUGCACCUUCCCAAUGGGCAGAUGUCUAGAUCAAACCUGUUGGAGUGCUUCCUACAAAGUUCAUCAGCCAAAAUGCAUCAGUAUCAGCGUGUUUCCUCCCUCCAAUGUCUGCAUCGGCCGUUAUAUUCUCAAUAUGCAAAUCACAUCUUGUGGUCACACAUAUCAGCGGUGUCUUGGAGAUUUUUAUGUCCUUUUUAACCCUUGGUGUGCAGAUGACCCUGUGUAUUUGGACAGUCAGGCCCAUAGAGAAGAAUACAUUCUGAAUGAACAUGGAAUACUGUAUGAAGGAGUUCACAAGCACAUAACCUCUCGACCAUGGCACUUUGGACAGUUUGAAGAUGGGAUUCUGGAUAUCUGCUUGAAGAUCUUAGAUAUGGGUGCAAGUUACCAUCACGGCUCUGAUCGUGACCACUGUUGGCGUAAUGACCCUGUGCAUGUCAGCAUGGUGGUGAAUCACAUGAUAAGCAGCCAUACCACUAGCAGUAUCAUGAAGAUUCCAGAAAACAAUGAUUACCUGAAAGGAACAAAGCCGUUUUCCUGGAAUGGAAGCGUCCCUAUUCUACAGCAGUGGUACAGUGGCAGAUGCAGGCCGGUCAGAUAUGGGUACUGUGGAUCUCUUGCUUCAGUAAUGUGCACAGUGAUGAGGUGUUUGGGAAUUCCAAGCCGUGUUGUCACAAGCUUCUGUUUUCCUUGCUCAAUUGAGAAUCCCCUUGGAAUCAAUGAGAUUUUUGACUCUACUGGUAAAAACCUAUGUGGCAAAGACAAGCUAUGGCGAUACCACUGCUGGAAUGAGUCUUGGAUGGCUCGCAGAGACAUUAAUCAGUGCUGUGGUGACUGGCAGUGUCUGGAUCCAACACCUCUGGAAACAGGCAGAGGUUCAGCUUGCAGCGGUCCUACAUGGGUUCGAAGCAUCAGGGAAGGGGAACUGGACUUGGAUUAUGAUGGUCAUCAUAUGUUUUCUCGAGUAAAUUCAAACUACGUUGGCUGGCUUUCCCAAAACAAUGCCAAAAGAACAAAAUUUUUCUGUGACACAUGGCCAUGUGGACAACGUCUAAUCACCAAGAGUGUUGGCAGUGAGCAAUUUGAAGACAUCACUGGAGCUUACAAGUAUGAACUAGGUUCUGUGAAAAACAAAGAAGCCUAUUACCGAGCUUACAGAAGAAUUCACCCAGGGUAUUGCAAUGCUUCAAACUGUCAUAUUGACAGAGAGUUAUCAUCUCUGAAAAACCCAUUUCUGAGCGACUCAGGAGUUAACAUGAGGUUAAAGAUGGCUAACUGCCCAAUGUAUGGUGAAGAUGUCCAACUGAACUGGCUGCUCGAAAAUUUGCGUAAUGAGACCAAAACCCUGAAGUUUAAUUUGUGCGCACAAAUUAUAACCUACAGCGGUUGUCCAAUGGAUCAAUUUUGGAAAGACUGUGUGAAUGUCACAUUGGGUCCAAGGGAAGUGAAAAAAAUUCCGCUGUGUAUAUCAUAUAAUCAAUAUGGACCUUAUCUCUGUGAUCACAACAUUAUGAAAGUAGUUGCUGUCUCAGACCCAGAGUGUGGAGAAGUUCUGAUGGUGAGCAGGGAUAUUGUGGUAAACAGACCACCUGUUAUUGUUAAGCUACUGAGCCAACCCAGACUGAAAGUACCAUGUACUGCAGAGAUCUCCUUCUGUAAUCCUCUGCAGGAAGAUAUGAAGAAUUGUGUAAUGACAUUAGAAGGCUGUGGUUUAUUCAAAGAGCCAAUGACCAUUGAUUUGGGAACGCUGGCAUCCAACCAACAGGCACGGACCAUCGUGGAGUUCACACCUUACAGGCUUGGCAGUCACCGGCUCCUGGCCAACCUUGGGUGCCACAAGUUUGCCUACUGCAAGGGAUGUGCCAAAGCUGAAGUGUGCUGCUCCGCAGGCCAGAAUGGUGUCCUGCCCAUCAGCCAGAACGGGUCACUCCCAGCGUGUGAGAACGGCUCCGUCCCCAUGAACGGCUCCAUCCCCAUGAAUGGCUCUGGGCCUGUCCCUGUGGCAGACCCUGCGUUCAACUCCAUGUGCGAAUAUAUCUGUAUCCCAGUGUGCAACCCAAACUGCAGCGCAGGGGGGCAGCCUGUGUACGAUUUUGUAUACCUCCCUGCAGGCCAUCCUUUAUGCAAUUCCAUCUGCAACCAAGGCUUCAAUCCAAGCAUCAAUCCUGGUUUUGAGAUGGGAUGCGAUCCUGGCUUCCGUGUUGUAUGUGAGACUGUACCUCCUGCUGCGUGUGCCCCAAUGCCUCCAUCCAUGUAUGGCUCCAUGCCGGCCCCAGCAUCCAACCCUGUUUGCACCCCUAUGCCUCAUGUGGUGUUUGAGACAGGUCCUGCUCCCACACACCCCUCUGGAGGUGGAGGGGGGCCAAUGUCCUAUUCUGUCUCUGUCCCCGCGAAUAAUGCGGUGAGUGCGUUGCUGACCCACUUCAUGGCUGGCCCCAAUCCCAGUGGGGCAGCCCAGGCGGUCCCUAUGUCUGCUCCUCCAUCCUACUCCAUGUGCUCCCCAGUGGUCCACACCAUCGGUAAUCCCAUGCAGCCUCCAACUCCCCUUUCAGUGCCCGGUGCCUCCAUCUCACACGUCGUUUGCGGCUCCACACCCUCUCCAACCACCCAGCCUCCGGGCGGCCCAGUGGCCACCGUGUCCACCCAGCCCCUGAGUGCCGCGGUAGCCCACGGCGUGUGCUCCCCGGUGCCUUCCCCAGUGCCCCGCGCCGCUGACCGUAGCAGCACCCCGACAGUGCUGCAGGUGGGCAGCGCCUCUGCAUCCCGCCCGCUGUGCUCCCCGGCCCCCCGUCCCGUGGGCCCCCCGGCGUCCCACUCGCUGUGCUCUCCAGCCCCCCGCCCAGUCGGGCCCCCUGCAGCCCACUCCCUGUGCUCGCCCACCUCCGCCUCGCUGGUGGCCGCGGGGGCCCGCCCUGCCAGCUCGCCCGCCGCUCAGCCCUUGGACUCUGCUGCCUGCCUCCCGUGCUCGCCAUCCCCGCGCCCCCUGGCAGGAGCCACAGCCCGCUCGCUCUGUGCCCCCACCUCUCGCUCCUUCUCCCAGCUUGUGGGCACCGCCGGGUCUCGCUCGCUGUGCGGCUCUCAGUGGAGCCCUUCCUAUGACACCACCACUCGCUUGGGCUCCACGUGGGCUCCCACCUCCCGAUCGCUGUGGAGCCCCGAGGGGCGCUCGGGCUACUCCUCGACCCGUGCCACCUACGGCACACUUACACGCCCUCCGUACAGCUCCUUGAACCGCUCCUCAUACACCUUGUCCCGCUCUGGCUACAGCACCCUACCCCGCUCCACCUCUCCCUCUGCCUAUGCCACGCUGACUCGCUCCGGGUCGUGCCCCUCGGGCAGUACCCUGGCUCUGGCAGGGUCCCGCAGGCCCUGGAGUCCCACAAGGAGCACUCUCACCUAUUUCAGACGCAAAUAUCUGUAAUGGAGAGUAACCUGGGAAAACCUAAAGCCGGUGAAAUAAAGCCUGCGUGCAGAUGCUUUACAAGAGAUUAGAAAUAGGGUGAUGAAGAGCAGCGUGCUGCUCCUGAGCAUUUAUCUAUGGAUUUGAGUUGUGCCAGAAAGCAGGCUGCGAGCCAACUGCUGAGGGAUGCAUUCGAUGUAAUACUUGUAUGUCUUGAGAUAUGGUACGGUGGAAAUGACAAAUGAAUGUGCUCCCUGCGGAGCCGUCGUGACAAUAGCGGCACGGUGCAGGUAAAUCAGACUUACUUGCUCAGUCAAGCUGUUUUAUAAAUGAUGUGCCUUCACUCUCUCUUCUCUUGAUUUUUUGCAAUGCACAUUUCUUAGAUCUCCCUGGGCUACAGCACUAGUAGCAAAUCUCUCUCUCCCUGCAUGAAAUGUGCUGUCCUUGGGAUGCUGCAGAGGUGACAGCAGACGUGCCUUCAUGUCUCACCUAGCAGACACUGGGCCCCUGGGCCCCAGCGUUGCUGUGGCUUAGGUCAGGUCUGCGUGCACUCUGCUUCUCUAGUUGUGUAGUACUGAAAACUCUGGAGGUCUCAGAGCAACUGAAUCAUUACAAAUCAGCUGAAGAGUUUACCUGCGUCUUUUUUUUUAUCCUUUUGUCUUUUUUUAAUAAGAAUUUUAGUUUUACUACUCUUUACUACUCUUGACCUAGUGUCAGGAAUCCAGAGCUUAGGUUAGAAACUCUGCAAAACUUGAUGAAUAAUUAAUACAAUAUAUUGGCUGUCACAACUGACUGUUUUUCAUAUAGCAUAUUUCAAAAAUUUUCUCACAUACCUUGUAAGCACUUAGGUCACUAGGAAAAACUCUAAUUCCACAUCUGUGCCUUUUUGAUUGAGUAUAGCUAGGAAAAAUCUGUCACUAGACCUGAACUUAGAAAAGGAAGUAUGAUGUUAUCCUUUCUUUCCAACACCCAACCCUCCCAGCUGAAAGGUUUGGAAGGUGAAUAGAAUGCACUGUGUCUUCUCAGAUGACGGUACUGUUCCAGGUGUUUUAGGUGUUGAAAUUACACAUUGUCAUAAUGAAACUAUCCCUGAAUUUUGUAUUUGCUCAUAAGAAUUUUUUGAGGAGUCAGGAGUUACUGACAACACCUCCCAUCCCUCCAUUAUUUUCCUCUAGUAGUCCAUUAAUUUUAGUAGCAAGUGUUAGUGGGGUUUUGUGGUAAGUUAAGUUUGCUGGUGCUGCAGAAUCUUCAGCCAUGUAGCAAUAGUAUUUCAGUAGUAUCACUGUAGUUCCUGCCCCUGUGUGAUGAGAUUGAGUAACCUCCUGAGGAUUUUGAAAAGGUGUGGUGUCAGAUGGUAGCUAUGAACAUGCCAGCACUACUGCAUAGUAAUUCUGAGUAUGGUAGAAGAAAGAUUUGUCUGGAUAUUGUAGCUGAGUGAUCAUAACUCAGUGACUUGGUUUUUUUACGCCGUUUCAAUAGUCUGUGUUAGAUAUGUGCUGAGAAUUUCUUUGCCUGACUGACAAUAAAAACAGAAAUUUAAAAACCACCUGUCAUUCUAUUAUUUUGGUUUCAUUUUUUUUUUUGCUGUUUUUCAGUAAUACUUCUUAAAAAGUGAGGACUAAAUCUCUGCAAGUGAACUGCUUUGAGAAAUCUUCCCUCCACUCCAUUUCUGUUAAAUUUCCUAUUCUUUUCCUUAAGGUCUGAAUACAGGGCUUCAGAAUAAGAUCUGAAGUUAGGGAAAAUCUAUAGAUUUCUUACAUUACCUGAGAUACUCAGUUUGACAUUAGAGGAAAAAUGAAGCCAUCCUCUCUACUCUCAAUAAACCUUUCCACUUGUGGCAUGAGCUUUUCCUUUGCUCUGUAAAACUCAAUCCACAGAAAUGCCAAAAUGAACAAACUUUUGGAUGGCAGAGGAAGUAUAGAGGAAGUGAUAGAAAAGAUACUGGCAGUAUUUACUUAAGAAAAAAAAAAAAGGAUUUUUUUGGGGGAAGAAGUGUUAAUAGUACAUGGUAGCUACAUAAUUCUCAAAUAACAUUUCAGUUCAAAAUUAUUCUAAUACUGAAGAAAUGAUACUGAGGUUGCUGUUGUCUGAUACAACAUGACAUUAACAAAAGGUAGCUUGUAGUUUCCUUUCAAAGUCCAUUGUACAAUCUCUUACUCAUUGUUGGGGCAGAGGGAGCGGACAACGUGGACAAACACAGAAGAAGAGCCCCCAAACCAAUAAUGACAAAAAGCCCACAAAACAACAGAAUUUAAAUUAUCUCCUUCAGUGUUUAUGGAAGGAAGGCUUCACUUGUUUUAUAAGUUAGCUCCUUUGUCAGGAAACAUGGUUCAGAUUUCCACAAAAUUUCUGGUUUGUUUUGUGGUGGCUUGGUUUGUUUGUGAUUUUUCUUUUCCAUGACUGGCAAAGUCAGACUAAAAUGGCUGUCUCAAAUAUACUUUCUUGCAGUAAAACCCACAAGAAAUUAAUUUUUUUUUUGCCUAAUGUAUUAACUCUAUUGAAGAUUAACAGUAUUCAGUAAUGUGGUGUGAUACAUAAAGAAGCCUAUUUUAGAGAAUGAAAAGGCAACUCAAGCAUGACAGUUAUAGUCAUCAGAAAUUAAAUACAGUACUGUCGUAUUUAUGUGUUCAGGAAUAAAUUUCUUAUUUGAAUCUCAGUUCAGGCAUGGAUUUUAUUUAAGUGAGGGAAAUAUAUUCACAUUUUUACCUGAGUGAUGAAGGUGAAAGAAGGUGUUUUUUCAUGCAUUGUUACAGUUACCCUUUCUGUGAUUUAAAAGUAUAAAUGGAACUAGUGAAAUUUAUUUUUGUGUCCAACUGAAAUAAGAUUGUAUUUAUUAUAGAGAUGAGGAAGACUCUAAUAUGUGGUAAUUUUCAGUUCUUAUCCCCAGCAGUUCAUUAGACCUUUACAAAUCAUUUUUUAAAUGAGAAGUUCCUAUGAUUUACCUGCAAGUUAAUGGUUUCACUUUUAAUGUUUUAGGUUUGUGUUUCUUUGGACAUUUGCUGACAGCAUAUCAUAAAAUGCUUGAGUGAAAGGAGAUUUAUUUUUAUAUAUUCUAUUACCUGCAAAAAAAAAUGUUGAAAGGUAUAACUCAAUGAACAAAUUUCCUACCAGGCAUUAGUUAUAGAGGUAAAUUAAAUUUUAUAUAUUGUAUCAGACAAGAAGAUUAAAUUAGGGAAACACUGUAGCAAUUUUAUUUAGUGUUAAAGUAAAACAAAGUAUUUUGGAAUAUAUACUUUGAAUUGUAUAAAAAUAAAGCAAUUAAAUAUGCUGAUCAGGAAAACAUGAAGAUAUUCAAAAUGUAAAAGAAAACAAGGAUUUAUUUAUUUGUUAUGCAACAAAUCUAUGUCAUCUAUUGUAUACUUCCAUUAUAUCUGAUUUUUCAAAAAUUGAUUUCUUUAUGCUGCAUUUUCAGAAGUGUUUUUAUAAGGAAAGGUCUUUAUUUGUAGAAGGAAAUCCUAUUCAAAUACUUUACAGGUAUCCCUGCUCUUUCUUUCCUUCAAUGCCUUAGAUGGGUGGAAUUUCUUCCACGCCUUUAUAUGUUCUUCCUUCUUCUUUGUCUUUGAACUGUCAGGUAUGUUACAUAAUGUGCUUUUAUGCUUAUUUGGAUUGAGUAAUUUCUCUGAGUAACAACGGAAUAAAAGUUUGGUACAAGAUACCAAUGCAGAGCUGGAAGCAGAAACUGUUCCCAACCCAAUGAUCAAUUACAGCAUACGUGAACAGCUGAACCCUCAUUACAAUUCUGUUACUUGUUUAUAGAAAUAAUUAAGUCUGCUACCACAUUCAUUUGGAUUUUAAAUUAUGUUUUGUAAUAUUCUAGCUGGCCACACCAGUCUAACUUUUCAACUAACCAUAACUUUUUCUUCUUCUUUCCUGAGAGAAGUUGCUGUUGAAGGUGUUCAGUAGAUGGCUUUAUUUAUUUGAGCAACCUGAACCUUUUUGUAUGUUUGCUAGCCAUCAUAUAUUGGAAUUGCAUGGGUAUUUUCUCCAUAAGACAUGUUUAGUGCACACAUUCUGUCGUUGCUGCAGGGUUUGGAUAAAGAGCAUUCACUACUGAGUAUGAUUUUGUUGGAAAAAACAACAAAAAUAAAUAUCUAGAAAACCAGGAGUUAUGUGUAAAGUAGGGAAAUUCUUCAUGUGUAAAUAAAUGCC